AUGGCUCCUAUACUGUCUUCAAAGCCGAAUUCAACAACACCGUCGUCAAAAUCAAACAACCACCACCAAUCGAAAACCCCUCAUUCAAAGCACCGCCUGAAUUUUACCAAAGAAAUGGCCACCACGGCUGCCAUGCCCCCGAUAGAGCAUCCAGUGGAAGUUAUUGGCAGAAUCCGAAACCAACCGGACCAAAAAAACAAGCCUAUUAUGAUCCCAUCUGUGAUAAAAAUCAACACAGAUGGGAAAUCACUGAGGGCAAAGACAGAAAUUGGGUACAGGGAUUUUACUUUCGAUGGGGUUUCGUUAUCUGAAGAAGAUGAUCUUGAUGGGUUCUACAAGAAGUUUGUGGAGUCGAGGAUUAAUGGAGUAAAACUUGGUAACAAAUGUACUAUCAUGGUGUACGGUCCGACCGGCUCGGGAAAGAGUCAUACAAUGUUUGGGAGUGCUACGCAGCCGGGGAUUGUGUACAGAUCUUUGAGGGACAUUUUAGGAGAAGGGGAUAGAGUAGAUGGAGAGAAAAUAGGUGGUGGAACUUUUGUUCUGGUUAGUGUUUUGGAGAUAUAUAAUGAGGAAAUAUAUGAUCUGCUGUCAUCGACCGACACCGGGGGAGGCUUUGGUUUUGGAUGGGCUAAAGGAGGCAGUGCUUACAAGGUAAGACUAGAAGUAAUGGGAAAGAAGGCUAAAAAUGCAACUUUUAUUUCUGGGAAUGAGGCUGGUAAGAUUUUGAAAGAGAUCCAAAAGGUGGAGAAGCGAAGGGUAGUUAAAAGUACACUCUGUAAUGAGAGAAGUUCACGAAGCCACUGCAUGAUAAUUCUUGAUGUUCCUACUGUUGGCGGCAGGCUUAUGCUUGUCGACAUGGCAGGUUCUGAAAACAUAGAACAAGCCGGUCAAAAUGGAUUCGAAGUAAAAAUGCAGACAGCGAAGAUUAACCAAGGAAACAUAGCUCUGAAGCGAGUUGUUGAAUCUAUUGCAAAUGGAGAUUCUCACGUUCCAUUUAGAGAUAGCAAGCUAACCAUGCUUCUCCAGGAUUCUUUUGAGGAUGAUAAAUCGAAAAUUCUGAUGAUACUGUGUGCCAGUCCGGACCCAAAGGAGCUGCAUAAAACUAUUGCCACAUUAGAGUAUGGUGCGAAGCAAAAUGCAUAG